ACGACGCGCUUUCUUCCAAUCCUCUCUCUCUCUCUCUCUCUCUCUCUCUCUCUCUCUCUCCAAAAGCCCAUCUCUACAUCUCUCAGACUUUCACGAUUCUUCAACCCCAGAUCAUCUCUUCCUAUCUAGCAAAUUCCUCUCUUUCUACCCUCAAACAACACAAAUAGCUCCGAAAAAAAAAAACCCAACUCUGUGUAUCUUUCUUCAUAUCCCUAAAUCACUCUUCUUCCUCCAUAAGCCCAUCUUCUCUACAUACCCAAAACCUCUCUUUCUUCUCCCCAAAAGCCCAUCUCUCAAUAUAUCCGAACACUCUCCUUCUCCAAUUCAAAAAACCCCCUUUUUAAAGUAUCUCUCUGUACGCCCAUUUGAAAAACCCACCUCUAGAUAUCUCUCCAUACCCAAAAACCAUUUUUCAGCAUCUCUCAGUACGCCCCCAAUCCCUCUUUCCUUCCCCUCAAAAACCCCAUCUCUGUAAAUCUCUUCAAGUUCCCAAAAGACCCAUGUCUUUCAAUCUCCUCCCAAUAUUCCUCCUCUUCUCCUCCAUCUUCAUCCCUUCUGCCAUCUCCCAAGCGCCGGCCCCGGCCGCAGACUCCUGCAAUGGCAUCUUCCUAACCUACACUUUCAGUCAGCGUACCCGCAUCCACCCUUUCCUCCCGGACCCCGACCUCCAACCCUACGCCUUCCAGUCAACCGCCACCAUUCUCAAUGCUGGCGCCGACGACCUCAAGUCCUGGAAACUCUUCGUUGGGUUCCAGCACGAUGAGAUCCUCGUCUCCGCCAAUCCGGCUGUUCUGUCUGAUGGGUCAUCCUUCCCAGCGAGUGUCGGCAACGGGACAUCAUUCUCAGGAUUCCCCAACACGGAUCUCAAGACGGCAAUUGAGACUGCCGGUGACCUCAGCCAGAUCCAGGUCCAAAUUCAAUUGGUCGGGACCCAGUUCGGCGUUCGGUCGCCUGCUAUCCCAAUGCCAUUGAACAUUAGCCUGGCCAAUGACGGGUACAAAUGUCCUUCUCCCAGAGUCGAAGGAGUGAGUUCCAUGUUUGUUUGUUGCACGAAAGAUGCCAACUUCAAAGUAAACAUCACUGAAGAAGAGUUUCUACCCCGUCUAGAUGGCGACCUUACAAUAGCUUAUGACGUGCUUCAAUCAUAUGAAUCUAAUUACUUGGCUCAGGUCACAAUUUCUAAUCACAACCCACUCGGCCGUCUGGAUAAUUGGAAUCUGGAAUGGGAAUGGAUGAGGGGGGAAUUCAUCAACAGCAUGAGGGGUGCUUAUACAACAUCUGUGGAUCCGACAGACUGCAUCUACGGCGUGCAAGGCACAUUCUACCAGGCGUUAGAUUUCAGCAAGGUCAUGAAUUGCCAGAAAUCUCCAACAAUCUUGGACCUUCCCUUAACCAAGGCCAAUGACUCUGCCGUUGGUUUGAUACCGUUCUGUUGCAGGAAUGGGACUAUCCUGCCACGUUCCAUGGAUCCGAGCAAAUCCACAUCAGCAUUCCAGCUCCAAGUCUAUAAAAUGCCCCCAGAUCUCAACCGUACAGUGCUUUACGCACCACAGAACUGGAAGAUCAGUGGGACGCUCAACCCGGACUACCAAUGCGGGCCUCCGGUGCGUGUUAGCCCGACUCAGUUUCCUGACACAAGUGGAUUAGAGUCAACGACAUCUGCAAUUGCUAGCUGGCAAGUAGUUUGCAACAUUACACAGCCAAAGGGAUCAAGUCCACGUUGUUGCGUCUCGUUCUCUGCAUUCUACAACGAAUCUGUCAUUCCCUGUCAAACUUGCGCUUGUGGGUGUCCGUCGAAUGUCAGUCCUGCUUGUAGCUCUACGGCACCCGCUCUUCUCCUCCCAUCGGAGGCUCUUCUUGUACCUUUUGCCAAUAGAACAGUAAAAGCUCUUGCUUGGGCCGACCUCAAGCACUUCACUGUGCCACGCCCAUUGCCCUGCGGUGACAACUGUGGUGUCAGCAUCAAUUGGCACAUUGCUACAGACUAUAACCGUGGUUGGAGUGCGAGAAUCACACUCUUCAAUUGGGAGGACACCAGCUUUGCUGAUUGGUUUACUGCAGUCCAGUUGGACAAGGCAGUCGCGGGCUACGAAAACAUGUUCUCCUUCAAUGGAAGCAGAUUGUCUGAUGUGAACAACACCAUAUUCAUGCAAGGGAACCCGGGUUUGAACUACUUGGUAGCGGAGACAGAUGGGGCCAACCCCUCGCAGGAUCCUCGAGUGCCCGGGAAACAGCAGACGGUGAUUUCAUUUACGAAGAAGUCAACUCCUGGGAUUGAUGUGGCUGGAGGAGACGGGUUUCCAAGUAAGGUGUUUUUCAAUGGGGAGGAGUGUUCGCUUCCGUCUGUACUUCCUACCUCGUGGGCCUACAGGGCUGGUAUCAAUAGCUUCCUUUGGGCCAUUCUUUUAGCCCUGGUGGUUCUUGUGUUGGAGCAAUAGCUCUCAGGAUAGGCGUGUAUGCUUGUUGUCACUGCCGAUUAUUUGAUUCUUUCGAAGGCUGGCCGGUGUAUUUGUGCAAAACUGCGUGUUUGGCAUUUGAUUGAGGCAGCCACCCAUGGUAGUUACUGUAGAAAGCAGGAAGCUUUGGGUGUUUGUUAGGAUGUCUCUGAGGAUAUAUGCAUUGUGGUGUUGACUAGUUUUACAGGCGGGGGUUGUGGAGUUUGCUGAUUUCAGAUGUAGAGAUGGUCUGAGAGCUUUGAAAUUCACUUGGGUUUGUCAUGUUUCGUCUGCUCCUCCCUCACAAGUUUUUCUUUUGAAACGUAUAUAAGGUAUGUAAUCAUUGAUAGAAUUUCUGUUUUAAGAGACUAUCUUCUUUCACCAAACAAUCAACAGCAUUCUUCUUUAGCCUUUAGGGGAGUUUUUCUCUUUUCAUUA